ACAAUAUUAUUAGGGAUAUUAUUAUGUACUCUCAAGGCAUUCUAAGCCGGAGAAAUAAAAAAUACAAAGAAUGUUCUCAUUUAAGAAAAGAUGAGAGUUGAAACAAUGAAGUUAUUUACAGAUCAUGUAUUAGAUAACUAAAAAUUUAGAUAUAAUGGAAGUCCUUCUGGAUUUACAAAUAAUUACGAUAUGUUUGUCGGAACACAAGAAUUUGCUAUCUAAGGUUACUUCAAAUUAAAAAAAGGUAUCUAAAGAAAAGAAUGGGCAAGUGCUUAUACUUUAAAUGCCUUAAACAAUCCUUUAGUUGGUCAACCUGGUGAGAAGAUUCUAUCUUUAUCCGUUUACGAUUUUAAGUAUGUAUUCUCAACUUACACUAUUAAAUCUGAAAGUGGAAAUAAAGAUUCCUAAAUAUAAAAUCUAUAACACGAAGUCUAAUUCAAUAAUUCUAACGAAGGAUAAUGGGCCUUUAUUUAUUUUGGAUAUUCCGGUUGUUAAGGAAAAGCCUUUUUAUACCUAUAAUUUGAUAAUUAAAUUCCUUAUACAUACACUUUCAAAGAUGUAACUCAUUAUGACUAUGAAAUUUACAUAUUGCAUAUAGGAUAAAGCUUUUAAUAUAAAAACUUCCCUGGAAAUAUGAAUUGUGUUACCCUAUAUGCUGGUUCUGGUGCAUAUAAAGAAAAUGGAUUUGACCUUAAUAGUUGUCAGAAUAAACCUCCAUCAAGAAGUGAAACUUCUACAGAAACCUAAACUAACACUAUGACAAAUACUGAUACAAAAGACCGUAGAGUUGAAGUAUGCUAAUAAUUGAUUGAUAGAUAGAAAUUCAAAUAUUUUGGUAAGCCUAAAGGAUUGAAAUUAAAAACUUCAAACAAAUAUAAUACUGAAUAAGAAUUUGCAAUGCAAGGUUGGUUUAAAUUAGAUAAACUUGAAAAUAGUGCUAAAAGAGAUAAAAUGGCUACUGGUUAUCAUAUUAAUUCAAAUUUAAAUCCAACAAACGAUCAAUAACACGGAGAUAGAGUAAUGGCUUUCUUUGUAUAAUAAAAGAGAUUAAUUUUUGCAACAUAUAAUAUAAAUACAAAUAUUAAGAGUGAAGAAAAACAAAUCACUUUUAAAAAUUCAGAAGAAUAUAAAUGGUUUUUAGUUUAUUAAGCAUAUUCUCCAAGUGAAAGAAAAAUGUACGUUUAUGUCUAAUUUACAGGAGAAUAACCUCAUGUUUUGACUUUUGAAAAUGUUAGACAUUAAAAUUCAAAUAUUUACAGAAUUUUUAUUGGUUAAUCUUUUGAUUAUAAUAAUUUCCCAG